AUCUUGAGUCAGAUGACUGUGCGUCCAUAUACAUCUUUAACGUAGACCAACCAUCAUCCUCUGUAAAUCAGCCCAUUUGUAUUCCUCGCCAAGGGUUGCAGUCUCACUCCUCUCCUCUGUCACCACCUACAAGACUUCAGAGUCAUAAGAACUACGAAGGAACUUGUGAUGUACCAGAAUCCAAGUACAGCCCACUAGGUGGGCCCAAACCCUUUGAGUGCCCCAGUAUUCAGAUUACAUCUAUUUCACCAAACUGUCAUCAAGGGAUUGAAGCCAAUGAAGAUGAAUUGCACACAAAUGGCACAGAAAAUGAGUAUAUGGAAAGGCCUUCACGGGACCAUCUCUAUCUUCCUCUUGAGCCAUCAUAUAGGGAAUCAUCCCUUAGUCCAAGCCCUGCCAGCAGCAUUUCAUCCAGAAGUUGGUUUUCAGAUGCUUCCUCUUGUGAAUCCAUUUCCCAUGUUUAUGAUGAUGUAGACUCAGAGCUAAAUGAAGCAGCUGCUCGAUUUACCCUUGGCUCUCCAUUGGCAUCUCCUGGUGGUUCUCCAAGAGGUCUCAGUGAUGAAUCUUGGCAGCAGCCUUAUGGAUUUGGGCAUGCCUUGUCACCUAGACAGUCCCCCUGUCAUUCUCCUAGAACUAGUAUUACAGAUGAAAACUGGCUAAGCCCUAGACCAACAUCAAGGCCCUCCUCAAGACCUACAUCCCCCUGUGGGAAACGACGACACUCCAGUGCCGAGAUUUGCUAUGCUGGUUCUCUCUCUCCUCACCAUUCUCCAACUCCAUCCCCUGGCCAUUCUCCCAGAGGAAGCAUAACAGAAGACACCUGGCUAAACACUUCCAUCCAUAACGUACAAGGCCUUAAUUCUGGCCUUUCACCAUUUCAGUGUUGUACAGAGACCGAUAUUCCUCUAAAAACAAGAAAGACCUCAGAGGAUCAGACUGCCACUUUAUCUGGAAAAAUAGAUAUCUGUCCUGAAGAACAGGGUAACUUAUCGUCAUCCCUUGAAACUGCAGAUGACUGCUCUGGAUCUCAGCACACCUUGAAAAAAGAUUUGCCCGGAGACCAAUUUCUUUCAGUUCCUUCGCACUUUACUUGGAACAAACCAAAGCCUGGUCAUACUCCAAUAUUUCGCACAUCUUCAUUGCCACCUCUUGACUGGCCUUUACCAAGUCAUUACGGGCAGUGUGAACUGAAAAUAGAAGUCCAGCCUAAAACACAUCACAGAGCUCACUAUGAAACAGAAGGAAGCAGAGGAGCAGUAAAAGCAUCCACUGGAGGACACCCUGUAGUGAAGCUCCUGGGCUACAGUGAAAAGCCAGUAAACCUACAGAUGUUCAUCGGAACAGCAGAUGAUCGCUACUUGAGACCUCACGCGUUCUACCAGGUGCACCGAAUCACUGGAAAAACAGUCGCAACAGCUAGUCAAGAGAUAAUCAUUGCCAGCACCAAAGUUUUGGAAAUACCCCUUCUUCCUGAAAAUAACAUGUCAGCCAGUAUCGAUUGUGCUGGUAUUUUGAAACUUCGCAAUUCAGAUAUAGAGCUCCGUAAAGGAGAGACAGAUAUUGGAAGAAAGAAUACCAGAGUGCGACUUGUGUUUCGUGUUCACAUCCCACAACCUAGUGGAAAGGUCUUAUCUCUGCAAACUGCUUCCAUACCUGUUGAAUGCUCUCAGCGAUCUGCUCAAGAGCUUCCUCAGAUUGAGAAGUACAGCAUCAAUAGCUGCUCAGUAAACGGAGGCCAUGAAAUGGUGGUGACAGGAUCCAAUUUUGUUCCAGAAUCCAAAAUUAUAUUCUUUGAAAAAGGACAAGAUGGACGACCUCAGUGGGAGGUAGAAGGGAAAAUAAUUAGGGAAAAGUGUCAAGGGGCAAACAUCAUACUUGAAGUUCCUCCAUACCAUAACAAAACCAUUACAGCUGCAGUUCAGGUGCAGUUUUAUCUCUGCAAUGGCAAGAGGAAAAAAAGCCAGUCUCAACGUUUUACUUAUACACCAGUUAUAAUGAAGCAAGAGCACAGAGAUGAGGUGGACUUGUCUGCUGUUCCAUCUUUGGCCCUGUCUCACGCAAGCAGCGUCCCGGGCCUGCAUUCUAUCCGAACUCAAUUGCCUUCACCAGAGCAAGGGCAUCCACAUGACAACUUACUGUCCACGUCACCCAGGAGCCUCGUGUGUCCAGUUCAACCACCAUACACAGCAAUGGUGACCUCAGCAGUGUCCCACCUGCCACACAUGCCAGGUAGAAACCUUAGUCCAAAUGAAGAGUGUCAUGUUUUGCCUCCUGCUGUUGUUCAGUCUUUUCAGGUAACAUCAGCACCUCCUGUGAGGCCUUCCUACCAGCCUAUGCAGUCUAACAAUGUAUACAACGGACAGUCUGGUCUUCCUAUGAACUCUGCCUCUAGCCAAGGAUUUGAUGCUAUUUCAUUUCAGCAAGACACAGCUGUACCGCAUUUGAUAAAUCUUAGCUGCCAAGCUCUACCACCAAUGCAGUUUCAUUCUUCAAAUCCAGGUUCUGUGUCAACAUCAAGCACAGCAGGGCACCCGCUAGCGCACCCAGCUCAUUCAGGACAGUCAUCUUCUCACCUGCCGUCCAUGGGAUUCCACUGCCCGAGCGCUGGGCAGGGCUCCAUCCCUUCUGCCAUGAGUCGGUCCCUCGGGCAGUCUUCUCCUCAGCUGCAGCAAGUCCCAUACCAUUCUACAAAUCCAGUGUCCGCUUCAUCCCCAUCCCCGACAGCUUCCCACCCUUUGGUCCAUUCACCACUGUCUGGACCUUCUUCACCCCAGCUCCAACCUCUGCCUUACCAAUCUCCUAGCUCAGGACCUGCCUCCUCUCCCCCGCCAGCUGCUGUGAGUCACUCGGGACAGCACUCCCCUCAAGCACACAGUCCAGUAUUGGGAGGUCUUAAUGCAGCCUCGUCCCUAGGACACCACCCUGUGUGCGAUUCAUCUCCAUUUUCACCAGAUGGGGCAGCUAUUAACAUUAAACCAGAACCUGAAGAUCGAGAAUUUAAUUUUCAAACAAUAGGACUACAAGACAUCACACUAGAUGAUGACAGUUUUAUCUCUGACCUGGAAUACCAGCCAUCAGGUUCAACAGAGAAAUGGACUCAACAUUCAGCUCUCAUGUCCAACUCCUAUGUGGAAAAUCUAGAGGUGAAUGAGAUCAUAGGAAGAGAUAUGUCACAGAUCUCAGUGUCACAUGGAACAACAGCAGCCAGCCAAUCUGCACGUACAUGUCCUGGAUCUCUGGAGACAAGAAUAUCUGAUGGAAUCCAGUAACGGAUAAGCUUACAACUAAACAUUCAUGAAAACUUAGCAGUUUCUCUGAAUAUUUCUUCAUCCUCUUCCUCUUUAGACUUACUGUGCUUCCAACUCUGUGGCCUUUAUGAACUGGAACAGUGGAUCCUUGCAAAGCCCUUUUAGCGGGUUACAUUUUUGAUGUAGAGACAGAGCAUUUAUAAUUAUAGUUCCUCAGAUGCUGUAAAGAGACUUCUUAAAAUGGACACACAGAACCUACACCAGAUAUUUUAACUGUUUUAAAGUUACAAACAAGCUUUGCUUUUUGCAUUUAAAUAGAAUACUUUUAUAUUGUAAGUGCUUCAGAUGUGUGGAGAUGUUAGUUUGCUCUUAUAAUAUUCACAGUACCGAAUGUGGAAAAAGAUUUAAUACACAUCUUCAGUGUGCUGCUUUCCCUUAGAGAUAGUAGAGUUUGUAACUGAUGAUUUGUUAACACCUUUUGGUCGUUUUGGAAAGCCUUUAAGCUUAUAUUGUUUAAUUUUUUUUUAGUCUGAUCUUCCAACGGCAAAUCAUACCUGUCAUCUGAAGCCAAUGCCAUGGAAGCCAUUGUGUAUGCAAAUACUGUAGUGUUUUCUUUCUUAGAUUCAUAGGAAGCAAAGCCAAAUGUAGAUCUGCACUUGUUUAUAAACUGAAAAUGUUACUUGAUAGGCUGCAAAAAGACCAUUCCAUCAUUAAAGUGUUGGGAUAGAAAUGACAUUCCAAAAUUUAACUUUUAUAACUUUGUGGAUAAUCUUCCUGUUCUUUAUUAGUACAGGCUCCUUCUUGAAAUAGCUUUUUCUUAGAAAGUUACAUUUGUAAUCAAACUUGAGCAGUAGAAUUUUAGAUUAAAGAACAGCAACAUCAAAGCCAUGUUAGAUACAGGAGAAAUUUUAAUAUUUGCUGAGGAUCUAAGUGUUCCUAUUAUCCCUACAGAAUAUGGUUUUGAAAUCACCGAUUCAGUGGCAUUCAAGUUUUCCAUGCAAUAAAUCAUUCGAUCACAUCUGUAUCUUUUAUAUGCUGUAUGCCUGACCAUGCCACUUGGAAGUCCUAAGGAGAUGACAAUUAUAUAAAUGACAAGUUUAUAAAUGUCAGUUUGCUAAAAAGUAGUUUACUGUGAAAUACUGAUUAAGUAGUAUAAUUUGCCCAUGUUUAACUG